GUUGUCGGGACGCGUUCCUGACUCGUAUCCGUGCCAAGGUUGGCAUCUGACACCUGAGGGUGGAUGCCCUCAAUUGUUCAGACGUCAUGGAGGACGAAGCAGGUCAAUACAUACGGGCGACGGACACGUAAUGUAGUCCCAAUAUUUACGCCAAUAAUGAGCGGAGAGGAGAAUGGUGACUCCAAGGAUAGUGUUGGUGCUCAAGAUGAUGCGAUGUCAGAUGGCAGUCUCGAUAUCCUCGAGAACUCAACAAAGGCACGCUUUCGUAAACGAGCGAGGUUGUCAUCUAGGUCGCGUGUAGGCUCAAUCAAGGGGUCUAGGACACUCGAGCGACCUCAGAAAAAAUCUGUCUCCGCAUCCCAUUCUAAGUGUAAGGCCGUUUCAGCACGGAGUGUUGUAGACAAUUCAGAUUCGCGUUCUCCAGUCACCAGGUCAAAUUUAGCGUCCAAUCGCUCCAAUUGCUCCACUGACGUGGGGCGAUCAGUCUCAAACUCGAGAAAAUGGUCUCCUGGGCUUCGGAUACCUCUUGGAAGCAUUAGGCCGCCAAAUACUCCCUCACGAAAGCUUAUUCCCAACAUUAAUUGUGUUCCCGAGUCGCUUGCCUUCUCUGAUGAAAUACCCGAGUCGCAUGCCAGUAUCGCGAAGAAGCUAGCCAAAGCUGCGCCGGCGCUGAAGGCGUGGAGAGAACGGAAUGAACGAGCCACCCCAAUCAAAUCAAGUCCUGCCGUCCAAAAGCAAGCAACACUGAAGCCUGCAUCUCGCAAGGCCGCUCCCCGUAUCAGUCCUAGAUUAUCGAUUCCCAAGGGGAAGGGGCUCGCUCCCUCGCAUACCCAAUGCAAAGCGUCUCUAAAGAUUGAGAUCAUUGAAUUAGACAGUGGUGGGGAGACAGUGGAUAUAGAAAUACGUCAACGCAAGCCUGUGGUCAAAUCUCUAGGCAAAGCACGGAUGAUCGUGGUAUCUGAUGACGAAAGUGACGAGAAACAUGGGCCUCCCAAUGGGACUCGACCAACGGUUAGCGACGAAGAGUCUUUCGACGCUGACCAGCUGAAUAUGCCCUGGAAUGCAGCGGUUCCAGGCGUCCCUAUGUGGGGUAGCGUGCCGAAGGGGGGAAAAUGCGCCCUGAAGGGGUCUGAAAAAACGUCUAUUCCUCCAGCGCCACCACGCAACUAUCAAGUGCCCAGGCCCAUCCCAUCGAUCCCCAAUGCUUCCCUGGCACAACCUCCACGACCCCCGCAUACUAUAACGUGUCAAAUCCCAGGCAAUCCACCACCAAAUUGCUUGAAGCCCGAUUUCCCGCCAACACCCGCGGAUGAUCAUUUCUUAACUCGACGUUACGAAGAAGUCACCGCAAAGUUGUUGAUGAAAGUUCCAGAAAUAAUUCGCUUGAAAUUCUUGCAAACCCGAGAUCCACGACUGCUCUUCUCGCACGUAGAAUCCCAAAAUCAAAAAAAGAUCUUAACGGACUGGCUGGAGGCAAAUUACUUCAUUCCCACUUCCCCCGAUACUGUUGUUCGCUCGUAUUCGGCUCGUGACUCAUCUGAGACUUUGGGACAUCAUGAGCCAAGCACGGCAAUGCCUCAUCCGUCUAUUUCGCAGUCUAAAUUGGACAUAAUCUCCAUUUCUAGCGAUGGAGAUGAUAAUGAGAGAGAUGUUAAUGGUGCAGACGAGAUUGCGACACACAUACCCAAGGGUUUAAUAGAUGAACUCAGUGGAUUAUUGUCGUCAGAUAGUGGCAACCUUUUGCCCCUGAUUCAGGACUUCGCUGAUGUUGAUCACAAUCGCACUCGGGACGCUCUUUCUCCUUCACUAUUGGAGCUAUUGAGGAUAUGUGGUCAGGAGGAACCAUUAGAUUUUGAGUCUUUCGUUGCAACAUUCCCCUUCGACAAGGAUAUCCAAAACCUUGUUUCCGUGGAUAUGCAUGUUCACGACGUGGAUUUGAAUUUUCGCAAAGUUGGAGAAGCCAGCUUCAGCGAAGUUUACAGAGUUGGCAAUGUGGUGCUGAAGAUCAUCCCAAUCACUUCGACGCUUGAUUCUGGUCGCAGGGGAGAUCUUCGGCGUUGCCCAAACAUAUCAGCCGUUGAGGAUGUGUUACGGGAGGUUCGGGCUACCGAGAGAGUAGGCGUUUCCCACCCUGGUUUUACACGACUACUGAAGACAUUCCUGGUGCGUGGCCAUUACCCUGAACUGCUGCUCGACGAAUGGGAUGCGUAUGACGAACGAAAAGGUUCUGAAAAUCAUAGCCCUGAGUUCCUGCCAGCGGACCAGGAAUAUGUGGUUAUCGUGCUGCCACAUGGCGGUCCGGAUUUGGAGACUGUAGCUCUGACCGCUCAACGAAGCAAAAGGAGGUGUACUUGGCGCCAAUGCGCCAAUAUUUUCUGGCAAGUCUGUGAGGCGCUGGCAGCCGCGGAAGAAUUCAUGGGAUUUGAGCACCGAGAUUUGCACUGGGGCCAAAUUCUCAUCGAGGAGAGAAAUCAAAUGAAAUCUAGGAGGAAUCUUCCUUUCAAUGAUCCCUCAUUUCAAGGGCUUAAAGCCACCAUAAUCGACUUCGGCCUGUCACGAAUGAGUAUUGCACAGAUGGAUAAAGUAUCACACACCUCCCAUUACGUUGAAUUCGAUGAUGUAAUCUUCAAGGGCAAAGGCGAUUACCAAUUCGAAGUAUAUCGCAUGAUGAAAAGGCACAAUAGUAACGACUGGGAGAAAUAUUCACCACUCACAAAUGUGAUGUGGCUUCACUAUUUGUCCCUAAAGAUAUUUCGUGCUUUCAAUCUCAAAGAGCCUGCCCCUGUAAGGAAGGGUUCCUCCGAGAGAGAUUGUUGGGAUUGCCUUGUUGAAGUCGAAAGGUACCUUGAUGCGGCGGUGUCUCACUUACGAGACUCUGGGCACAGAAGGAAGAAACUUUCAAAGACACAAGUGGCUGUGGAGACGCCUGCGUCAGCAUCCGACGUGUUCAGUUGGGGAAAGACCCGAGGAUGGGUGUGGUAACACGGAUAUGGCAUAGGGUCACCGUAGAGCGUCACGUCUACUCAUUAGUUCAAGACAAUAGCGGCCAGUACGAAGGCUCCCACAACGGCAGUCCUUCACACCCACCCGGGGCCUGAGAUAGCUCUGGUUACACUUGGACGAACACACUCCCCGAAAGCACAGGGGGGUCCACUGGGCCAAUGCUUUGAGGACCUGCUGAAAAAAAACAUGACACGCUGUUGCAAUCGAUAUCGAGUGGACCAGAUAACUUGUCAAUUGGCAUCGAGAAGCCAAAGAGCAAUUUAAACAUCAGCCAGUCAUUCCUAGCAUGCAGGCCAUAAACAGUAUUGUCGUAGAGAAAAGUCUCAUACAGUAUGUGCAACUGAAUGUUGGACAUAACCAAUCAGAGGAUGGAAUGUCAGAGUGCUCUGCAGUAGAACCGUUCUGCUCCAUCAUACACAGGUUGUGCAUUUAUUGUAUCGGAGGUCUGUACGAGGUUGGAUGGGAC